CUCUCUGACAGUAAAACUAUUCAACAAGUUGCCUUUGGAUGUGCAUUUGUCAUGUGGAGGCUACUGGAACGGGGUUUUGCGCUGUUCUUCUGUUGCACAGUCUGUGGGGUUUAUUCCAGCGACUCUCUCCCCACUUUGACAGAAGGUCAUGUUGGAUCUCUGCAGGAGAACAAGCUCAAAAAUGUUAUUCAUAUACGAAGGCGCAAAGAAUCUGGGGAUCCAUACUGGGCUUAUUCAGGGAUCCAUGGACCGGAAAGUUGGGCCACGUCUUACAUUGAUUGCUCUGGCACCAAGCAGUCCCCAAUUGAUAUUGUAGAUCAGACGGCGAGCGAGAAAGACACCCUGCAGGAAAUCCAGGUCGAUGGAUUUGAGUUUGAAUCCUCCAACAGGACACGGAUGAAAAAUACUGGAAAGACAAUUGCUAUUCUGCUGAAGGAUGAUUAUUUUAUCAGUGGAGCUGAUCUGCCAGGCAGACUUAAAGCAGCAAAGCUGGAGUUUCACUGGGGUCAAAAUAGGGGAUUCCCAGGUUCAGAGCAUAGCCUUGAAGGAAAGAGAUAUCCCAUUGAGAUGCAGAUUUAUUUUUAUAACCCUGACUUUGAAGAUAUUGAGUCUGCAAUUACAAGCAAAGGAGUUAUUGGAGGAAUGGUGAUAUUCUUUCAGGUCACCCACCAGGACAAUCUCGCACUGGUUCCUAUUAUCAGUGGAUUGAAGGGAGUCGUACAUCAUGAAAAAGAAACUUUUCUGGAUCCCUUUGUCCUAAGAGGCUUACUGCCAAGCUUACUUGGAAGCUAUUACAGAUACACUGGAUCCCUGACAACUCCACCGUGCAGUGAGAUUGUGGAAUGGAUAGUCUUCAGUAGGCCUGUCUUCAUUUCCCUUGAGCAGCUGGACGCCUUUUAUUCCAUAUUUACUACUGAACAGCAUGACCAUGUCAAAUCGGUGGAUUACUUAAGAAACAAUUUCCGACCACUGCAGAAUCUGAAUGACAGGAUCAUCUACAAGUCUGCAGUCAAAGACUCUUGGAGCCAGGUGACUGAGAACCCUGGAAUUCUGCACAUCACAGAAGUGUGCAGCAGCCCACCAGUGAACAUGACUAUGCAGCCGGUAAACAGGACAGCGCUACUUGUCACCUGGACCAAACCAGAAAACAUCUAUAACCCACCCAUUAUCAAUUACUUGAUCUCCUACAGCUGGACUAAAGAUAAAGAGGAAAAGGAGCAGACUUUCAGGAAGAACAAUGAUCACAAUUUGGAAGCAAUUAUUAAUCAUGUUUCCCUGGAUAAACUGUACCUGUUUCGUGUUCAAGCGGUCUGUCAGAAUGAUCUGCGGAGUGAUUUUAGCCAAACAAUGUUGUUUCAAGCUAAUACAACAAGAAUAUUUGAAGGAACCAGGAUAAUAAAAACAAGAAUGCCCACAGCCUCCCCUGCUUCUUCUGCUGAUAUGGCUCCAAUCAGUUCUGGGUCAUCUACAUGGACUUCUUCUGGCCUUACUUUACCCUUUGUUUCUAUGGCAACUGGAAUGGGCCCUUCAUCCAGUGGAAGCCAAACAACUGUGGCCUCUGUGGUAACAAGUACUUUACUUGCAAGUCUUGGUUUCGGUGGUAGUAUUGUCCCUUCCUUUUCUGGUACUGUGUGGCCCACCCGCAUCCCCUCUGUGUCUUCAGCCACCAAGCAGCGAGCCAGACCUGUAGUUUCAACUACUGAAGCGUUAUCGUCCCCAAGCUCCGAAAGUGGCUCUGCACUUAACAAAACAGACGAGGCAGAAAGUGAAGAUGAAAAGAAAGAGAGUGAAGGCAAGAAAGGAGAGGGGGAAGAAAGUGAAGGGGGUGAAGAAGAGAGUGAACAAGAAGAAGGUUCGAGGAAAGAGGUUGCGAAGAAUGAGGAGAAUGCUGUAACUCCAACAACUACAGAGUCGCAAAAUAGGACUGAGCCAGGAACCUCCCCUGGAGAUCCGAGCGGCUCAACAGAAGAAGUCAAAAAGCCAACCAGUCAACAAAACCUUUCAAACACAGUCGCGGUUCAUACAAGUGACACUUUUCUACAAACAACAGUUGAACCAUCACAAGCAUCAUCAAGAGUUGCAACAACCGAGAACUAUCAAGUUAAAACAGUCGGCAAACCUACAACCCUAUCAAAAACGCAGAAUGGGCUGGACAGUGACAGUUCUGCUGGAAAUAAGUUUGUCAUGGUGGAUCAAGACAGCAAAUCCUUUUCCAGCAUGGCCACACAACCGUAUUUACCCUCCAGCAAGAUGGAAUGGAUAAUCCCACUGGUGGUUGUCUCAGCAUUAACAUUUGUGUGCUUGAUUCUCCUGGUGGGAGUGCUGGUUUACUGGAGAAAAUGUUUCCAGACAGCUCACUUUUACGUGGAGGAUAGCAAUUCUCCCCGCGUCGUUCCCAAUGAAACCAUUCCUAUUAUCCCAAUUCCAGAUGACAUGGAGGCCAUUCCAGUCAAGCAGUUUGUUAAGCAUAUCAAUGAACUGUGGGCCAAUAAUCAACAUGGAUUCUCAGAAGAAUUUGAGGAAGUGCAACGCUGCACAGCUGAUAUGAACAUCACAGCAGAACAUUCCAAUCAUCCAGAUAACAAGCACAAAAAUCGAUACAUCAACAUUGUAGCAUAUGAUCACAGUAGAGUUAAGCUAAGACCAUUAGCUGGGAAGGAUUCGAAGCACAGUGACUACAUCAAUGCCAAUUAUGUUGACGGUUACAACAAGGCAAAGGCCUACAUAGCAACACAGGGGCCCCUUAAGCCCACAUUUGAAGAUUUUUGGAGAAUGAUCUGGGAACAGAAUACAGGAAUCAUUGUUAUGAUCACAAAUUUGGUGGAAAAGGGAAGGCGAAAAUGUGACCAAUACUGGCCUUCUGAGAAUAAUGAGGAGUACGGCAACAUUAUUGUCACUUUGAAGAGCACAAAAGUGCGUGCCUGUUGCACUGUGCGGCGCUUCAGCAUAAGGAACACAAAACUGAAAAGGGGACAGAAAGGAAACCCCAAGGGGCGUCAGAAUGAACGAAUGGUUAUCCAAUAUCAUUACACACAGUGGCCCGACAUGGGGGUACCAGAGUAUUCUCUACCUGUGCUCACCUUUGUAAGGAAAUCAUCUGCUGCCAGGACACCAGACAUGGGACCAGUAGUGGUGCAUUGCAGCGCUGGUGUUGGCAGAACCGGUACCUAUAUUGUUCUCGACAGCAUGCUCCAGCAAAUAAAGGACAAAAGCACAGUCAAUAUCCUAGGGUUUCUUAAACACAUCAGGACUCAGAGAAAUUACCUCGUCCAGACCGAGGAGCAAUACAUUUUUAUCCAUGAAACUUUGCGGGAAGCAAUACAUGGGAAAGAGACUGAGGUACCAGCCACUCAGCUCCACAGUUAUGUCAACAGCAUUUUGACCCCUGGUCUGUCUGGGAAGAUGAGGAUCGAGAAGCAGUUUAAGCUGGUGACUCAGUGCAAUGCAAAAUUUGUAGAGUGCUUCAAUGCUCAGAAAGAAUGUAAUAAAGAGAAGAACAGAAACUCUUCCGUUGUACCAUCUGAACGAGCCCGGGUGGGACUUGCACCAUUACCUGGUAUGAAAGGAACCGAUUAUAUUAAUGCCUCAUAUAUAAUGGGCUAUUACAGAAGCAAUGAGUUCAUUGUCACUCAACACCCAUUGCCACACACGACAAAGGACUUCUGGCGAAUGAUCUGGGACCACAAUGCUCAGAUUAUUGUCAUGUUACCAGACAACCAGGGACUGGCAGAGGAUGAGUCUGUGUACUGGCCCAGCCGUGAGGAGUCCAUGAAUUGUGAAACCUUCACUGUAACCCUCAUCAGCAAAGACAGAUUGUGCCUCUCGAAUGAAGAGCAAAUUAUCAUCCAUGAUUUCAUUUUGGAAGCAACGCAGGAUGAUUACGUACUGGAAGUGCGGCACUUCCAGUGCCCGAAGUGGCCUAAUCCAGACGCUCCUAUCAGCAGCACCUUUGAACUUAUUAAUGUAAUAAAGGAGGAAGCUUUGAGCAGGGAUGGACCAACAAUCAUUCAUGAUGAGUUUGGUGGUGUCUCUGCUGGAUUGUUCUGUGCCCUUACCACCUUGUCACAGCAACUAGAGAGUGAAUUUGCUGUGGACGUCUAUCAAGUUGCAAAGAUGAUAAACCUCAUGAGGCCAGGAGUGUUCACAGAUAUUGACCAAUAUCAUUUCUUAUAUAAAGCAAUGCUCAGCUUAGUUAGCACAAAGGAGAAUGGAAAUGGACCCUCAUCAUUCGACAGAAAUGGCACCGUGAUUGUCACCGACGAUUCGGAUCCAGCAGAAAGCAUGGAAUCUCUUGUGUAAUCUGAGGCACUUCAUUGGAAAAACUUUUAAGGACUGGGUGAACUUUUGAGGCCUUUUUUGCCAGGUUCCAAGUUUAAAGAUAAAGUUUAAAGUUUAAAGACCGUACUUUUUACACUGAUGAGAGAUGUUUUUAUGUUGAUUUUAACCAUUCUGAGUCUUAUUAUCCUGCUGAGUAUUUGCACCUCUUAUUUUAACAAAAAGAAAACACAAUUCUUUCUAGUUUGCACUAUCUGAUCAGUGUUACUGCCUAUACAAAAUCUAGUUCAAGAUGUGUGAUUUCCCUGAUGUUACAACAUUCCACAAAAAGAUUCUAUGUGUAACCCUAUAUGAUCUGAGUUUUGUAGCAAAGAACCUAGUGAUCCAAGACGGCUGUGAGGCAAUCUUGCAAGCAAACUCAUUCCACAUUUUGAUUGUUGACUAACUUCAGAACAAACCUUAUUUUCAUGGAUAGUGGUGUAUUUCUUAUUUUAUAUAUAUAUAAGUUGUACAUCGUGUGAACCUGGCAAUUUUCUGUAAAGUACCAAUAACAUAAGCGCCUACAUUCCAGCGAUCAAGACUACAGAUAUUCACAAAAUGUCACACUUGCUGUAAACUUCACCGCAGAGUAGAUUACUGAAAGGAAGGUAUGCUGUACUGCACAUGAAUAGAACAAUUUGUUUUACUGGGUGUCUUGAAAUAUUAUCUGCAACAACGUAUUGCUUGAGGCUGUAACUAACGAUACACAGAAAAGUCGUCUCUGACAGAAAAUGUGGAAAGAAUCUUAAUAAGUGAACAGGAUUGUUGAAGAUUAGAAACUGACUUUUUUACGUUAACACUCUGAGUCUGGUUGUUUUUGCAGGUGUUGCGGAUGUGUAUGUCAAAAGGCAAAUUAGAAGCAUGGUUUUUGCACAGUGGGUUGUGUAGAUCCAACCUGAGACUGAAUUAUGUUUGGUGAUAAAAACUUAAACCACUACCAAGUGAUGUGUACUUGAGGAAAGUGAUCCAUCAAUAACGUAGCACAUCUGCCUUGUCAAUAAUCAGUGUUUUGAGAAUAUUGUGCUAUCUGACACGCUUUUCUUUCCUUUUCUUAAAACUGACAGUGAAGCAGAAUUUAUUAACUUUACCAAAGAUAUAAACUAGUUCUCAGCAGAAUUUAGGAUUUUUCUCUCCCCCCAAAAAAAAGUAUGGUUCUAAUUGUCUUU